UAAAAUACCCAAAACCACUCUGCUUCUUCCUUCCGCUGUUCCUCAUUCUUCGGUGAUGGGCUUACAAAUUCUUGUUGAUGAUCAAACCCACUUCCAUUACUCCCAGGAGAGGUCUCUGUAACCCCAAUGCUGAUUGCAGAUUUUCCCUAAACCUCCCAGGAUCAUUCCUCCCCAAUAGAGUACUUCUUGCAGAGCUUGAGCCUAGUAAUUGUUCUUUGAUCUUCAUCCCAAAGUCCAGCGGCUCUUUCUUCCUCACGGGUUCUGGCACCAAGGAUUUCUUGCCAGUUCAGUGUAGGCUUCCUCAUAUCAUCAGGCCGAUGAACGAAAUUGCAGUUGUCUCCAUAAGGACAGGUCCCAGCAAUAAAUUUUGUGGAAGGACGGGUCUUGAAGAACAUCCUGCUUGUGCCUUUAGUAAGAGGAGGGUUUAAGGCUGGCAGAGGCGGCAUCCUUGGAUUUGCAGGUGGGUUUGAGAAAGAAUUCGAGGGGAUAUCUUCAGAGUUUCUGGAUUUCUUGAAUGGUGGCCAAUCAACACCAGUGCUGAAUCAAAACUCAGAACACCAGAGAGGGUUUUCUCGCUUUUGUUCUGAUCUCCUUACCCUCAUCCCCGAGCUCUGAAUCAGAACUCAAGAUGCCGUCGCAUAAAAUCUUGAAAAUCAAGAAGAAGCUCGCGAAGAAGAUGAGGCAAAACAAGCUCCCUCAUUGGAUCCGCAUGAGGACCGAUAACACCAGGUACAAUGCGAAACGCAGGCACUGGGGCCGCACCAAGCUAGGUUUUUAAGGUGUUGCAAUCUGUCCUCUUUCUGGGUCUAAUUAGAGUUUGUAGGUCUUGCAAGAGAAUGGAAGAUACUAUUUUUGUAAUUCCUAAAUUAAUCAGUUGAGAACUCAACGAGUCUCUGAACCAGAUUUUGUUGAGAUUAUUGUGUUUCUUUGUUGCGGAA